AUGGCCCCAUCUUUUCCCGGUCUAAAGGCGUUCUUGACAGGCAACCAAGUAACAUCGAAGAACGACACGGUCCUGGCUGCGGACGGUACGAAGCUCCCAACCAUCCUGCACGUCACGGUGCACAAGGCGGAGAACUUGUACAAACCAACGUUGGCCGCCAUGGUCAAAUUCAAUCCCUACGUCUCCUGCUACCUCACGCCGAAUAAGCUUGCCAAACAAAGCACAGAACACGCCGUCUUCUCGACCGCCAGCCCCACGUUCGACACCGUUCUGUCCUUCACCUACAAGGGUGAGCCGUUGUUGGUGGUACAGGCCUGGGAUGCUGAUAUGAUCCGUCAUGAAUUUAUUGGGGAGAGUCCGAUGGAUCUGAUGUCAGUGAUUAAUAGUUCUUCGCGAUCAUGGACAGGUCCAGUCACCGUCUGGGGUAAAAAAGGGACCAUGGUUCGUGGUUCCGUAUGGGUCACAGUACAAUUCGAAGGUGGCACACCCUACGACCCAUCCUACCCCGCCGCACAUGUGUCUCAGACAGAGCUGUUCGAUCCCAAGCUCGCCUCCUCUCCAUUGACGAAUAUCACCUCCGCCGCCAAACAAGCUGCCUGGUGUUGUUAG